GCCGCCUCUCCCGCGCUCGGAACAUCGUAACUGCAUCGGUCUGUUUAUAUAGGGAUGUUUGUUCCUAGAUAGUGCGCCCUAAAAACCCUGACUCGACGGAUUGCUAUCAGUGUUGUGAGAUAACUCGAGUGCAUUGACCUUAGGUAAAAAAAAUCGUGAAUGUGUCGGUUUGUUGGUCUUAGAUGAUGAAACAAGUGGUUUUGAUAAAAACGGAUGCGGUAGAGAUUUGUUUGAUUUCAUCAAAGUUACACAAUACGCAACAAUUAACUGAACUUGUUGAUACGAAUAAUUGUAAACUGUGAUGAAGAUUUUGUGAAAAGUGAUUAAGUUAAUGAACAUAAGAAAAUAUCUGCAUGAGAAAUUGCUAAGAGGCAAAUGCCAACGGGCCGUGGUGACCACAUACCAUCGGGUGGCCCAUUUAACCGUCCGUCUACUACGGUACAAACGUGAUUUGGAUCUCGUCUGUCUGUUUGCUAUAUUGUUCGGAUACAUAUGCAGUUAUUAAGAAGAUAAAAUUGAAGAAAACUGCGUAUGGACGAGAGAUACGAUAACAGUCCAACCAAGGCGUCUUCGUACGCUUUUUGGACACUUCAGGAUGUCAUUUACAAAAACCUCAGUGAUAAAUAUUUGCAAAAGCCCGACUUAAACGAUAAAUCGGUAAACGCUAAAAGUGAAAAUGCUUUCCGUGAUAAGAACAAAGAAAGCAGUGAAGUUAUUAACGAAUCGAAUAGUGAGAGCGAUCGUGUUAUAGCAUCUGAAACUGAUAGAGAGAGUUACAGUGACUUUGAAGAUAAUGAUGAGGUUAGAAAGAAUGUGUGGAGUGAUAUCGAUGACGAACUAUACAUAGCCAAUUUAAUACAAUUAAGAACUACAAAUGAAGUAAAUCGCGUUAAACGUGAUACUAGAUAUUCUAGUGUUAGUGAUUACAGCGACAAGGUUGUGAAUAGUGUUAAGUUAGAUAAGUACGAGAUGUGGGAUUUGGAGCCCACGGACAUUACGGAGUGUGAUUGUCUUGGACCACCUCCAGAGUUUCUGCUACCGCCACCCCCGCGACCACCGUUCCUGCAGGCAGACUAUUAUUGUGGUGACGACCCGAUUUCGGAUUUGGAAACUUGCGAUACGGAACCAAAGAUAGACGCUUACAAUCAUAGCGGUCCAUCGCUUCAAACGUCAGCGGUGAUCGCUCUCUGCUCAAUCGUGCUCAUCGUGGGUGUGCUUAUAGGCGCCAUACUCGUUUGGAAACAUAAGCGGAAAGUCACUAACUUGCUGCCAUCGAAGUCUUCAGCUACUAACCAGAGCACAGGGUCGCAGAGGCGAGCGCCACCACCAGCGCCGCUUUACGAGGACCUACAGGAUCUGCCGCGCCGACCACCUUUACCACACAGGCCCGAAAUGGAACCACAACUUGAGAUGGUGGAAGCAAAGAGACCCAAUUGCCAAGAGCGGGUAUUUGUUUGCGGCACGGGUGGUUCGUGGAGAGGCGGCAACUCUUGUGGCGGAGACACUUGUGGUGCUCCUCUAUACGAAGAGUUGCCUCAUCGUUCCGACGACUCCAUUCACAGUGACGACCAUUUCGCUGAGGACGAGCUCAGCCUCGUCGGUGAAGCGGUACCGUGUCGGACGUGUUCGAGACCACCCGCCCCACAUUCGUUGCCUCACAGACCAAGGCCACAAAGACUAGACCGGCGGCCUAAGUCACUUGAACGAAGACGGGCUCAGCAUAGAGUUCCUAGACAUAUGCAUCCUCCAGAUCCAUCAGAAUUCCACGAAGGAGUGCUUCUAGAUGCAUUGUUGCGAUUAUACCCUCAAGUUGGUACUGUCGGUGCUCGACCACAUGGACCUAUGCCAAUGGGACCUGGGGGAGCCUGGCCUGGAGGUGAACUACCUGGUAUCAAUUGCUGGAGAGGACCACGAGCAUCUCCCAAACCUCCUAGUGGAGAUUCCUCGUUUGGUUCCGAUUCAGGAUACAGUAAUAAUACUUGUGGAACAUGUGGUACAAGGGCUUCCUCUAGACAUCGCUUGUCAGCUGAAAUACCAUUGUCAUGAACGAGAAAAUUUUUCGGACUCGGUGAUAGACUUGCCAUAAUGGUUCCAUUUUGAGUGAUACAUGAUAUCUAAUGUAAUUCCAAGCAUUUACUAGGUUUACUUCUUACGGCCUACUUUCACUGAAAUUCAGUAUGGCCCUCUGCCUUCUUCGAUAAUAGUGUUUGUGAGUGAAUUAUUAUGACUAUGGAACUCAGUGUAGUGAUACUCAGUAGUGAUAAUAUUUCUACAGUCUGUACAAAAGGAUUUCUAAUUAGCGAAAGAUUUUCCAACUAGAAAUAACCAUAAUAUAAUUUUGUCACAGCUUUUUGGUAUCGAUUUUUCAAUUUGAAUCAAUUGAGUAGGUAUUUUGUACAAUUAUGUGAACAUAGAUAAGUUUUAGAAGUUUCGUCAUAGUAAGUUAUAUCGAACUAGUCCUAAAUUAAUUGCAGUUAUCAAAUUAUAAUACACAUAUUUGAUUAAUUGUAAAAAUAUAAAUUGUAAAUUUUGAAAUUUACUGAAAUUGUAGAUAUUGUAUAAAUAGUUGAUAAAUUAAGUUAGCAUAGUGACUUGGAUUUUAUAAUCAUAUCAUAAUGAAAUUAUCUACAUUGCAUUUAUAGAAUAAAAUCAUUGAUGUCCUUCUAAUAUUGUUUUAAAAGCUUUAUUUAUUUAUAUAUUUCUGGUGCUAAAGAACUUUUUAUAAUUGUAUUUCCAUCAUCUAAAUAUUUCUGAUUAAAUCGAAUGAAAAUCUAUGAAACAUUUAUGUUUAACAAAUCUUUAAUAUAGAAUAUUUCUUAG